AUGUCUACACGUCGUGUUCAACCCUUGCAACCAUUGAAUAACGGUCAGUUAAAUUCUAGACCUAGUGCAAUCACUCCAAUAAAACCAAUUAAACUUGCAAAGGAAAACUUACAACCUACUGAAGCUAAACAACAAAAGAAAAAGAAGGAAAAAUUAUCUUCAUUAUGUAAGACUCCUCCUUCGAUUGUCAGAACCAGAACAGGUAGAGAUUAUCGUCGUGGUAACUUCUUAGGUGAGGGUGGUUUUGCUCGUUGUUUUCAAAUGAAAGAUUCAUCUGGUCAAAUAUAUGCUGCUAAAACUGUCGCAAAAGCUUCUAUUAAGAAUGAAAAAACCAAAAAUAAAUUAUUAUCAGAAAUUAAGAUUCAUAAAUCUUUAAAGCAUGCUAAUAUAGUCAACUUUGUUGAUUGUUUUGAAGAUGAUAUCAAUGUGUAUAUAUUAUUGGAAAUCUGUCCAAAUCAAUCAUUGAUGGAAUUAUUGAAAACUAGAAAACGAGUGUCUGAACCUGAAGUUAGAUACUUCAUGGUCCAAAUUGUUGGUGCUAUUCAGUAUUUGCAUUCUAGAAGAGUGAUUCAUAGAGAUUUAAAAUUAGGUAAUAUCUUCUUUGACCCAGAAAUGAACUUAAAGAUUGGUGAUUUUGGUCUUGCAUCAGUUUUACCAGCUAAUGAUUCAAGAAAAUAUACCAUUUGCGGUACUCCAAACUAUAUUGCGCCAGAAGUUUUAGGUGGUAAGCAAACUGGUCAUAGUUUUGAAGUUGAUAUUUGGGCAAUUGGUAUUAUGAUGUAUGCAUUAUUAAUUGGUAAACCUCCAUUUCAAGCUAAAGAUGUUCAAGUAAUUUAUGAUCGCAUUAAAAAAACUGAAUAUACUUUUCCUGAAGAUAAGCCAAUUUCAGACUCAGCAAAAGCAUUAAUUAAGGAUUUAUUAAGUUUAAAUCCUUUGAAUAGACCAACUGUUAAUGAAAUUUUAAACUAUGAAUGGUUUAAAGGUCCAUUCCCAGACAAGACUUAUGAAAUAAGUUUAAGUGAGACUCCUGUAGGUCUUGAACAAAUUACCAGAACUCAAUCGGCAAUCAAUUUCACUAAUACAAAGACUAAUGCUGGAAUCUAUACUCCAAGAUCUAAGAAUCCGGUUGAGAUAUUACGCUCAGAUUUGCAUUCAGAACAACCAAGAGCCUUGCUUCCAACAUCUUUGUCUCCAAAUGAUACUAGAAGCAAAUAUCAAGAAGUUGAUCCAAGUCAAUUGGGAAAACCAAGAAGAGUUAAUUUCAAUUCGAAUUUCUCGACUUCAAUUAAACGUCUCAAUCAAAUCUGUUAUGAAACAUAUCAAAAUAUGAGAAGACUAGAGUAUUCGAAAGAUACUAAUUCCUUGGAAUCAUUGGAAUUACCUCAAUGUGAUAAUCCUACUUUGAUUAGUAAAUGGGUUGACUAUUCGAAUAAGUAUGGUUUCUCCUAUCAACUUAACAACGAUGAUAUUGGGGUUUUAUUCAAUGAUGAAAACACUAUACUUAAAUUAAACAACUCAGAUAGAUUCUUAGAGUUGAUUUAUCAUGAAAAUGAAGGCUGGACAUGUAUUGAAAACUCAGUUAGUCAUCCGCCAACUCAAGCAAAGAGACAAUUAGAAAUUGUCGAUUUCUUUGCCAAAUAUAUGAAUAGUAAUUUAUCCAAAGUUAGUGAUAUAGAAAAGAGAAAAGAAACCGUCUUUUUAAGACGUUAUUCUAGAACUCCAGAAUAUAUCAUGUUUGAAAUGACAAAUGGGAAUUUCCAAUUCAAUUUCAAAGAUCAUCAUAAAAUCUGCAUAUCCAAAUUAGGGUUGGCUAUAACUCACAUAUCUCCAAAUCGUGUAACACAAACCCAGCCAUUAAUCCUGGUUUUAAAACACGGAAACUUCCCUAAUGAAGACGUUCCAGAUUGCUUGGAAAAGGUUGCUGUCAUCAGAGAUGCUGUUAAAAGAAAGGCUUUUAAAGAGACAUUAUAA